AUGUUUUCAUUGAGUCGUUUCGCUGGACGCAUUCAGUUUGUCAGUAUGAUCGCCAAGCUGACUGCUGUGGUAGCUAUUAUUGUGAUCGGAUUGUUCUAUAUGAUAUUAAGAGGACAAACGCAACAUUUUAAUCGAGACUUUAUAUUCGAAGGAAGCGAGUGGUCACCAACUCAAAUUGUGCUUGCCUUGUAUCAGGGAAGCUGGGCAUAUGGAGGCUAUACAAUCCUUAAUUAUGGUAUGGAAGAUAUUCAGAUCAAAAACUUUCAAAGGACAGUACCACGCGCCGUUCUUUUCGGUCUAUUUGCCAGUGCAUUUGUCUACGUGAUGGCCAAUGUAGCGUAUUUUACCGUGCUCACUCCUCAGCAGAUAUUGGAGUCUCCUGCUGUCGCAACGACAUUCGCUCAAAAGACGGUGGGUCCGAUAUCGUACGCAAUGCCAGCCUUGAUCGCUCUUCUCAUGGUGGGAAGUGUUAAUGCAGAAAUAUUCGCAUGGAGCAGGUUAGUUGCAAGUUCAUAG